GUACAACAUCAGUGGAUGUUGUAGACAAAAGCGCCUAUUAUUCCGUUCCCUGGAGUGGAUUUUUGAAAUACAACUCCCAAAGAUUUGCUAAAACAAUUUUUGAUCUGUGGGGCACUCUGGAGCGAUCGGUGCGUAGUGACCCUUCCAGGUGACAUCUCACUCACUACCUGCUGAAAUGCUAUACGGUUGCUCUUAACCAUUACCUCACUAUAUAACCACGUGACAAAGGAGACAGCCAUUUUGUUUUUUUGAAGGAAGAAGAAGUGAGAAAUCAUGUCUUGGAAAGAACAAAUGUGGCUACAUUGAUAUUGCUAUUGUGUGGACUGUAACCGGUGAAGAUUGGUCGGCUGGACAGAGUGGUCGCACGUCGUCUCCGAGGCAGUCACCGUGUUCGCCAUGAUCACUCUAGUGUGGAUAACAGUACUAAUGGCUAUGCACUACAGCCAUGCCAACCCUUCAGGUCACAAAGCACUGCAUCUUAACACCAAGAAAAGCUUCCUUGAAGAUGCAAUGAAAGAAAUGGAGUAUGGCGACAAAGGUGGCAAAGGCACACAUGGCAAAGAGGCAGGCACUAACCACAAAACGAACAGCAUAGAUACAAACCACACAAUAACGCAAACGGCACAGAAACUUACUCGCCCAAACAAAGAACAAAAAACGAUCUCAACAGUAACCAAGAUAUUUCCUUCAACUCUACCUGACAAGAAACCAGCAAAGAAACUUUCACAAUCCCCUCUUGCAGUAGAAUCAAACAAAACAUUUGAUAGGAAAAUCAAUAAGGAAAUAAGAGGCGAAGUCAGAGAAAUAGUUAGCAUUGCUAAGAAAAUAAACGUAAAGGCUUUGACAGAUGCUACACCAGGAAUGGACAAGAAAAGUGAGACAAGCACUGGAAGCACCGGGAAAGGAUCUUUAAGUUAUCAAGGGGACCUAAACCCAGAAACUGUCAAUGUUCUACAGAAAUUUGUAGAAAACAUGUUGCAUGAUGAGGCAGAAAAGCGAAAGAAUUCGGCCAAUGCAGAGACUAUUGGUGUAGACGGUAACAAGACACAGAGCGACGGAAAUCUAGAGAACAAGUCCUUGAGGGCACCUAUUAGCUCGUAUACUAAAAGUGCUGCGACCCAAGGGGGAGAAAAGUACCAAAUAACACCAGUGUAUCGCUUAAAAGCACAAAGCAAUUCGUCCGCGGGGAAAGUAAGUGAUGACAAUCAGAAAGAGAAACAACAAGAACUCGAGAAUUUACAACAGCAGGCCCAGAAACUUUUGCUACAGAGAGAGAAAGAGGAAGAAAUAGCUUUAAAAAACGCAGCGAAUAUAAAUGGGGCCGAAUCCAAGGCAAGCGUCGAGGGGGCUUCUUCCGCGAAUCCCUUUAAAGAUAUCAAAGGAUUAGGAAAUGGCAAGCUCAAAGAGUUACCUAGAGGUUUUCUUGAACAAUUUGUAAACAUGCUGAAAGACAAGAAGCCAGUUGUUCAGGUGCCGAAGCGAGUGACGGAAGCAAGGAAGGCGUACGAGACGGCUAGAAAGUUAGUCAAGGCAGCACAAGCGAGAGAACAGUUGUACAAAGCUGAACAGGACUUCUUCGAGAAGGUCAAAGAAAUGAUGAGUAAGACGGAAGUCAAGGAACCAGGCCAAAAAAAUCAGAACGCCGACGAAACGGCCAGUAAAACUAUCAACGAUGGUGGUGAUAAAACUAGUGAGGCUGCAUCAGCAAAAUCGUUGGGUUCCUCUCUUCCUCUAUCUACUUUGACAAGCGCAAACGAUCUGUUUUCUGGGAAAGCGAAUAAUGCCAAUGAUCCGAGUAUGAAAAAGUUUGACGAGGCGGCCCACAUGGAAGAGAAAGUUGCACAACAGCAGGAUCAGAUGUACGAGGCACUUAUCCACAACGCGCUUAGAAAAUCCUUCCGAAGCGACGAGGACGAUGAUGAAAACGAGGAACCGGGUAUCAUACGAGGCGGGCAUGACACUCCUGAAGAAGAAGAUUACGGCGACUUCCAAGACAAAGACGAGGAGGCACAGAAGAAGUCACUUCUAGGAAACGGGGAGCAUGACGGGAAAAAUGAUGACACCACUAUUACUUUGAGGAGUCAUAUUGCCAAGAAACAAAAUACAGCAAUAAAAAAGCCGGAAAGUGUUCAGAAUAGUUUCACCGCUGAAAACAUUGAUAAACUACCUAGCUUUAUUUCUUAGAAGCAUGGUAGUACUGAAACACUUGAAUACUUUUAAUUACAUUUUGCUCCACUCAAAGCUAACUUGUAUCAUAAAAAAUAUCAUGUAAGAGUAGUCUUCUUAUUUAUUAAUUUUAAUAAAAAAAUCUCAGCAAUCGA